AAAAUGUGGAGUGGGCUGUUACCUCCUGGGCUGAGUGAAAGCGAUGUGGAGUCACAUUCUGAAGAGGAAGCCACACUAGAGAACCCCGAACGUUUGGAGCUCCCCUUCCCGGAAGACGGACAGGCGGAUGGCAGUGGGAAGCCAGGGACACCAGGCCACCCUGCGGGCGAGCCAAAGGCGGAAACAGAGGCCAACACAAAUGCAUAUGAAAAGUGUCCUUCUGGGAUCCCCGUAGACAUGUGGAGCAAAUUUCAAGAAUUGCAUAAAAAAAAUUCUGAACAGAAAAAUUCAACAUCAAGAUUCAGACAGAAAAAAAGAAAACGCUCCAAAAAAGGAAAAUCGAAGAAUGAAAAGGAAUGUCACAGUGAGCAGUCUUCGAGUGAAGGCCAGUGGAAGGAGCUUACUCAGUAUUUUGGAGCCAAUGAUAGAUUUGAACCCCCAGUUAAACAGAAAAAAGUUGAGAAGUCAGGCCUUGAAAAGAGGAUAGACCAGGCAGUGGAUGAGUGGGAUGUUGAGAAGGCUGAGGAGCUCAGCAACCAGCUAGCCACUCGAGAGCUUGGUGUAAAAAUUGCCAAAGCAAUUGCCUGCCACAAGUUUGUUAAAGCCAAAAAGGAGGCUGAAAACUCACAGGCUGCUCGAAAGAAGAAGAAACUGGCGUGGGGGUUUGAAGCAAAGAAGAGAUGGGAAACCAAAAGCAACAUGGGAUAUAUGUAACUUGGCAGAGUUCUUCAAGACAUUUAUUUAUAGACUAUCAUACUCUAUUGGACGAAAAGAUUUUCCUGCUUAGGUUAAAUAUGUCCGGGGAUUGAUAAAAGUUACAAAGAUAAGCAUAAAACUUGGGAGCUGAUUAUCAAAUCUUUUUAGUCUUUUUUCUAAGAAGCUUGUAAUGGAAAUGAACAUUUUUAUAUUUGUGUAAGAAAUUUUAAGCGUAUAUACAAGAAAAAAGGAUUUUAUUAUUUACUUGUAUAAGUAAAAAUCAAUUUUGUGUUUGAUCUGUUUCGUCUAGCGUAGCCUGUGAGGUCCUGAACUUCCUUAUCUGUUCUUAGCAUGACUGCACUUUUUCUAGAAUUGGUUUUUUAUGAUUGACUUUUGUUUAUAAUGGAUUAGUCAUGAACAGAAAAAUUCCCAGUUGUUACUGACUUUACAAAUGACUUAACUAGUGCUAUAAAAAAUAAUUAUUGAUUAUUUUUACAGACAGUAUUAAUACGUCAAAGUCACAUAAUAAAAGCAGUUAAUUAAUUUUUGUGUAAUGUCAGUAGAACUACAGUAAAAAGUAGACAUAAUGUAGUAUAAAGAGCGAUUUAAACCCAGCUUUGCCUAGGAAACGCCUUUCCGAAUAUCUCUCCACCAUGUCGUUGUUUAGCUAUGAUUGUUCUUUGAAAAGCAAACUCUGCUCAACGACAGUUGUAAUUCAAGAUGAUGUAAGGUUGGAUUGUCAGCAGCUCAUUUGCAUUUACCCCUUCUCCCAGCUGCUCCUUAAGUGAUGGAGGGAAUUCAUGAGACUAAAGAG